AUGCUUCUGGUAACUCUCUCGCUCAUCUUCUCGUUUAUUGUGAAGUCAUUUUUAUUUCCCUCACCGCAUGGCCCUUACAACCUCCCGCCGGGGCCGCCGGCGUUACCAAUUCUAACAAACUUCCUAUUGCUCCGCCGCUCGCCGCUUCAACUUGAGUCCGUGCUGCGCACCUUCUUCGCUAAAUACGGUCCAAUCAUCACCCUCCACAUUGGCCCAUCCCCGACCGUUUUCAUUGCCGACCGCUCCAUCGCCCACAAGGCUCUUAUCCAAAACGGCGCCGUCUUUGCCGACCGUCCCCUGUUCCUCUCAAUCGACAAGAUUGCUGAUUCCGCCAGCCUCAACAAUAUAACAUCCGCCCCUUAUGGCUCCACCUGGCGCCUUCUCCGCCGCAAUCUGGCGGCGGAGAUGCUCCACCCUUCGCGGGUCAGGGCUUAUUCCCAAGCUCGGAGGUGGGUUUUGGGUAAUCUGGUAAGGCGUCUUUUGUGUCGUGGGUCGGAGGAGUGUGUGGUUGUUGAGCAUUUUCAGUCGGCUAUGUUUAGUUUGUUGGUUUUGAUGUGCUUUGGAGACAAAUUGAAUGAGAAAGAGAUAAUGGAAAUUCAACAAGUGCAGCAAGAGAUGUUGGUGAAUCUUCAGCGCUUUGUUCUGCUCAAUUUCUGGCCUAAGUUGAUGAAGAUUUUGCUUCGAAGCCGGUGGAAGGCUUAUUUACACCUCAAAGCCAAGCAAGAAAAGGUUCUAAUGCCUUUUAUCAAAGCACGAGAGAAGGCUAAAUAUGAAGGAGCAAAAGAAGAAGAACAUGUGGUAUCGUAUGUGGAUACAUUACUCAAUUUGCAGCUAACCCACGAGAAUAGAAAGCUUAAAGAUGAAGAAAUGGUGAACUUAUGCUCGGAGUUCCUCAACGCCGGGACCGACACCACCGCGACAACCUUGCAAUGGAUAAUGGCAAACCUAGUCAAAUAUCCAGAAAUCCAACAUAAACUCUAUGAAGAGAUGAAAGGAGUUAUGAAGGAACCACAACAACACGGAUCAAAGGAGGAAGAAGAAGUGAAGGAAGAAGAUUUGGAGAAGCUUCCAUAUCUGAAAGCUAUUGUUCUAGAAGGAUUACGACGCCACCCGCCGGGGCAUUUCGUGUUACCGCACGCCGUGAAAGAAGACACGAUGUUGGAGAAUUAUUUCAUACCUAAAAAUGGGACGGUGAAUAUCAUGGCGGCGGAGAUAGGGUGGGAUCCUGAAGUGUGGGAGGAUCCGAUGGCGUUUAAGCCGGAGAGGUUCAUGGGUGGCGGCGGAGAGGCGGAGGCGAUGACGUUUGACGUAACCGGGAGCAAGGAGAUUAAGAUGAUGCCGUUUGGUGUAGGGAGGAGAAUGUGUCCGGCAGCUGGUUUGGCAAUGCUUCAUUUGGAAUAUUUUGUGGCAAAUUUGGUUUGGCGAUUUGAAUGGAAAGCUGUGGAAGGAGUCGAGGUUGAUUUGUCCGAGAAGAUGGAGUUCACCAUUGUUAUGAACAACCCUCUCAAACCCCACAUACGUCCAAGAUUUUAGG